AUCAUCAUCAACAAAAAAUACUGUAUCCAGUGAUUCUUUGCUGGAAUGUAUCAAACAUAAUUAUAACAAUUUAUCAAAACAAUUAGCGAAUUUAAAAGGCCAUAUCUGCUGACAUUCCCAAAUCCUAUCUGAAAUAAAAAAAUAACAGUACUCAGCUGUUAGAUUUCAGUUUAUUAACAGAUCCUGAAGGAAAUCCAAUGGUCCAAAAAUUAGAAUUUCCGCUAUCAACAAUGGAAGAUAUUAUUUGAUAAAUUCAAUGAAAAAUUAAAAGGCGAAAAAUAUAAAAAUAAAAUGAAUAAACGUAUAUACUUUUCUCUUGAUGGAAAAAAUACUUUUACCCGUAAUAUGGGAAAUAUAACUCGUGUUUAUAUAACAAGAGAUGUCAUAUGUAGCAGUUAAAGCAACUUCAAAAAAAAGUUUUCAAAGACAUGACUUUUUCACUUCUAUAAAAAAUGAUAUCAUUAAGAAAAAUCAGAAAAGUCGCCCUAGUCGUGCUCGUGGACGAGCUUCCGGAAACAUCAGAGAUCGGGUCCGUGCUGGACGCAGGGAGCGCACCGUUCGUGGUAGAGAUGCUCGUUAUCAACUACUAACACUAACCGAGAGCUAUAACGGACAAAGUCAGUCGCGUUCAGAGUCUCCGACGCACAUGGAUAUUUCUCACUUACGCGGACGUUACCAUUAUCGACAAAGGUCAAAAUCGAAAGGACGACCUUCAUAUCUAAGAGCCACAUUGUUCUCUCGCAGUCAAUCUAAUUUGAAAAUUGAAAACGAUUAUUUUUGUGGGACAGCAGCGUUAUUGCAACAAAGAGAAUAUGAUCGGUUUAGACGAGAUACCAUGAGCUGUCGAGGAGGCCGUGGUAGACGCAGGGGACGUGGUGGUCGUGGUAAAGGAGCAGAUCGAGGUCGACCGCAAUCACGAGCAGAAAACAACAACAAACAGAGUCGGUCUCAUUCACGAUCUCCAUUGUCCAGAAAUAAAUCCCAAAUACGUGGACGUUCUCAAUCGCAGACGAGAUCAAAAUCGCAACAGAGGCGUUUUUCUUAUACAAGAACUAGAUCAGCUUCAUGUUCUCGAUCAAAUUUAAGAAGCUUCACACUAAAAGAUAGGGUUGGACUUGAAAACGAUAGCUUAGGUAUCUCAGCACUAGAGCGUCCAAAUAGAGGAAGCGCUCAAAGAAGACUUAGUCGAUUCGAUUUAUAUCAACAAGGUGUGCAAAACACAUGCGGUGAAUAUGACUCCAGAAGGGGACCGGAAUGUAUUAGGUCUGUUGGAUUUCGGCAAACCAGAAAACAUCGUGGAAGGCUUGUCAAUCGUGGAGUAACUAGAAAGUUUGUACAUAGACAAAUUCUGAACUCCGAACUUCAAAAAAACAUUGCAAUACUUCAAGAAAAAUAUUGUAAUACAAAAGCAUUAAUGGAAAUCUGCAGUGAAAUCAACUAUACUCCUACACCGGCCGUUACACUGAAAACUCUUCACCAAAGAUUCACUACAUUACAAAGUACUUUAAAUUAGCACUAAGAGUAUAAAAUGUACAUAUAAUUACAAUUUAUGUUAAUUAAACAACGCUUUCAGUGAGAAUGAGCGAGCGAA